CAGAGUUACCAAAGUGUUGCAACGAAAUCGCAAGCAAGACAAAAACAAAAGAGAAAAAAAAUUAUACAUUGCACAAAAAUAAAUUGUGUUGAAAAUUGAAGUUGGAGGCUCGUAUCGAGAGAAAUGUCGGAAGUUUUAAGUGAUGAUUCCAAUGAUGGCAUUGUUAUCAAGGCGCCCGUGGAAUAUCCACGCAUACGAAUCAAUAGAUGGAGGGUAAGAGAAGGCUUUCCGGUUAGCGCUUCUCAAGUAAUAUUACUCUACGAAGUCUUGCCCGCGGAGGAGGAGGAGGGUGGUGAUUUGCCAACACCGGACGCCACCAUACAUAAGCUGAAAGCCCAAAGGGUUGGUGUGGUAAAGAAACGUUUGUACAAGGAUGGGGCCACCGUUAAGGCUGAUACUCCUUUAUUGGAACUCUCUGCCUGUAUUCAUACUACUGUUAUUAAAGACAUGUGCGCCGAUUGCGGUGCUGAUUUGCGCCAAAAUGAAAAUGGCAACACAUCCGAGGCAUCAGUUCCUAUGGUGCACUCCAUACCCGAUUUAAAAGUAACACAAAAACUAGCACAAAAAUUGGGACAUGAUGAUACACGUCGUUUACUGCAGGAUCGCAAAUUAGUGCUUCUAGUCGAUUUGGAUCAAACGGUAAUACACACCACCAACGAUAAUGUACCCAACAACAUUAAGGGUAUUUAUCACUUUCAAUUGUAUGGUCCGCAAUCACCAUGGUAUCACACCCGUCUGCGGCCGGGCACGCCGGAGUUUUUGGAACGUAUGUCAAAAUAUUAUGAAUUGCAUAUCUGUACAUUUGGUGCGCGCAAUUAUGCCCACAUGAUUGCCCAACUCUUGGAUCCAGAGGGCAAAUUUUUUUCUCAUCGUAUUUUGUCCCGCGAUGAAUGCUUCAAUGCCACCAGCAAGACGGAUAAUCUAAGGGCUUUAUUUCCCAAUGGUGAUUCGAUGGUGUGUAUCAUUGAUGACCGUGAAGAUGUCUGGAAUAUGGCUUCCAAUCUCAUACAGGUUAAGCCCUAUCAUUUUUUCCAACAUACUGGCGAUAUAAAUGCACCGCCGGGUCUAUCCAAACAUGAAUUAGAUGGAGAAGGGGUAGACUUUAAAGACAUUGAAGUUCUUAGCCCGGAGGACAAAGAAAAAUCAACAGAAAAAGAUUCAAAACCUGAGGAACCAGCCAAAGAUUCUACUACCAAGGACAACACCAAUGUAGAAGAGUCGAAAAAAGAUGAUGUAGGCCAGCUGGAUGAAGAUUCAAAAUCUGAAGAAAUUAUAGAGAAUGUUUCUGGUACCUCAAAAACUGAGACCACAAAUACAGACAUGCCUGAUAUAUUGGGAAACGAGGAGCUAAAACCUGCGGAAGAAGUAACAGUAGUGGCAACAAUGUCAGCGCCGCCACCGACGCCGCCCUUGGCUGCGGACAAAGAAGCAGAGGAAAACCCCCCCGAAAGUAAAACAGAAGAUGAAGAAAACAAAACUAAAGAUGCUUCCGUUUCAGCCUCCGCCACACUAACUAACGAAGAAAAUACUCCCAAAUUGAAAGCUCCUGAGGAUCCCUCAAAUCAAAUUGAAAUCGAAGAUCCCGAUGACUAUCUUAUGCAUUUGGAAGUUAUAUUGAAACAGAUACAUGCUCGCUUCUAUAGCAUUUAUAAUGAGACACAAGAAAUACCCGAUUUAAAAAUUAUUGUUCCCAAGAUACGCUCUGAAGUGUUGAAAAAUUGUAAUCUUGUAUUUUCGGGUCUGGUGCCGACCAACAUGAAGCUGCAGCAAUCGAGAGCGUAUUUUAUAGCCAAAAGUUUGGGAGCAGAGGUCUCACAAAAUAUAAAUACAGAUACUACUCAUUUAGUGGCGGUUAGUGCAGGUACAUUUAAAGUGAAUGCCGCUAAAAAGAAUCCCCAUAUCAAAAUAGUCAAUGUUAAUUGGUUGUGGUCUUGCGCCGAACGUUGGGAGCAUGUGGAGGAGAAACUUUUCCCCCUAGAUCGUAAGGUCAGAAGUAAACAGCGACAGCCCCCUGCCCAUUGCCACAGUCCUGAACAUGUUGUUAACUACAGUGACAAAUCAGAGAUAUCCUCAUCGAGUUCGGCCCAACAAAAUGCUUCGGAACCCGAAAAAUUCAUUGACACCAUUAAUCCUUUGCUGUCGUUUUCCAAUGAUGAUCUGGCGGAUAUGAAUCAAGAAUUUGAUCAAUUUUUUGAUUCAGAUUCGUCUUCAGAGGAUGAACACAUAAAUAUAGAAAAUCCUCCCGUGGAUAAAACUCUUAGAAAGCGUAAACGCGAAGAAAAUGAGGAGGAAAGAACACGAAAAUUCUUUACACGCACCGAUUCUGACAAAGUUCUGGCCGCAAAAUGUUCCCGUGGCCCAGAAUUGGAAGAUAAAACUUCCAGCGAGGACGAUGAUGAUGAAGAGGAGGAGGAAAUGCCCAGCGAAAAGUUUAGAAGAGGUGGUGACUUACCCUCAGACUUGGAAAUGGGCUCUGACUCAAAUGAUGGCAGCGAUGGUAAUAACCCCGAUGAAGAAGAUGAUGGCGACUGGAAUAUGAUGGGUGCUGCUCUGGAGCGAGAGUUUUUAGGUCUUGAAGAUUAAAAAUUAUUGCUUUUGGGCCAUUGUAACGCAUGGCCUCCCGCUUGAAUUCUGCAACAUCUGAUCUUUCGUUUUUUUUUCUAAAUUAUUAGUUAUUCUAUGAUUAGUUAUUAUAAGUUAAACUAAUAUAUAUAUAUAUAUAAAUAUAUCUUUUUAAAUUUAUACACAGAAGAAGAUAAU